AUGCUCGCGAAGCUCUGUGGUGCUUCCUGGAAUCCGCCAACGCUGCAUGAUCCCUUCGACGCCACUUUAGCACGCCGGCGUGUGGCACGGGGCCUGAGACCGGAAGAUGUCCAAAGUGAAAGACACGUUCUGGCCUCGUCUUUCUUUGGGCACGCGCCAGGAAGUAAGUCCGUGCACUAUUCCGACAGUGUGGCGCCUGACCUUGCAUCAACGCGAGCUUGCCAUCCGGCUAGAAGAUCUCAAGCAUUGUCUUUUUUCGAGGAUGCAUACCAGGCAUCGUCGAACCAGCGUGUUCGAAACGACGAGAGCUUGCAGAGGGCAGAGGGACAGAAAAACGUGAAGUUGGAGGAUUCGAAUCCAGAAGACUCAAGGGUACCUGCCCCCGAGGAGGAUGCGGAGGAUCCCGCUGACGCUUACAAGACACAGGAGGAAAAAUUGCUGAAGCGGAUCCACGACGACGAAGAAGAGGUGGUCGAACUGGUGGUCGCCCAGAAGGCAGCCGCGCAACACGAAGCGCUAUCACUGCAGCAUGCGCGAGCCGCUGCCGCGAGAAGGGCGGCUGCCCAUGCUGGUGUUUCGCAAGAUUCGGUCGCUCAUGCUGGGCACCGGAAAGCACACCACUUGUCACACAACGAGCGGAUCUGCCGUAGGAGGAAAACUCCGUUGGAAUGUCAGGAUUUGAAGGCACAGUGUGGAUGGUUCGGUGACGAGGAUACAGGCAGAUGCCACCACAAGGCUCACGGGGAAUGGCCAAGCGGCACCGAUUUUCUGUUUCAGGUUGGAGAAGUUGCGCUACUAGAGUCAUUGGUGAUAGCGACGGCUGUUGUGUCACGGCUGCGUGGCAGGGAAUUCCUGCGACAGUAUGCAGAGAAUGCGAGCUAUAAUCUGCGAUCAUCCAUGUGGUAUUUUCCCACCGUGCUGAUGUAUGGCUUGGUGGGCCUAUACUACUACACGCGCACGAUGGGCUGGGAGGCUCCCCAGACCGCCUACUUCUUGGUGCAAAUCGUGUCCACGGUUGGCGACAACGACAUGACCCCCAUUCAGCCUGUCCCGAGACUAUUCACUUUAAUCCACAUUCUGCUGGGUCUCGUUCUCGUCGGAGGUGCAGUCGGAGAAGAACUCGACGAAAUCCUGCAGAGCCGAGUCAAUCGGAUGAGCACUGCUGUGGCACGAGGGGCAGAUUUUCAAGAUCUACUGCCGAUCUUGUGGCGUGUGGCAGCUGAGGCCCGCGAUGCUGCCGGCUCCAACGAUCAGCUUCAGAACAUCAUCGAAAGGCUUGAGAGUCUGCCUCAGCAUCCGCGGGAGUUCCGUCCGACUCCGAACCAGCUUCGCUGGCUGCGGGAGGUUCGUGGCGGGGAGGUGGUGCUAGCUGAGCUGACCGGCACCGGUGCGCUUAUCCCGUGGCCACAGCGAUCUGCACUGUGGACGGGAGCAGGCUGGCGGAUCAAGGCUCUUCUGCCUCUCCUCCGCUACGUUCUGGAGAAUCCCAGUGGGCCCAUGCCUACCUACGACCAGGAGGCUACCUUAGACAUUCUGGCAGCUCGGCAUGGAUUCGAUCAGCACUUCACGACCCUGAUCAUCAAAAGCUCCGUGGACAUCGGCACUGUCAUUCUCUCCGGGACGCUUUUCUUUGGCAUGGUCUCAAACUGGAUCCGCGGCAAGUCUGCCUUCACCUUGUUCGAUGGUUUAUUCUUCUCCGUUGCCAGUGCAUCUUCGGUGGGCUCGUCCGGAGAUGCAUUUACCGCAACGGCCAUCGAGAAGGCCGCCAGUUGUCUCCUCUUCAUCUGUGGGAGCUACAGCUUCAACCGCUUCACCAUGUUCAUGUCUGAGGUGAUGGCCUUCAAGGUGGAGAACUCACAAACCUUGCUGGCCGCACUGCCACCAGGCUUCAGCGAGAAACUGCACCGGCUACGGAAGGGUUCCGGAGGGCAGGCAGAUGCGGCCUUCGCCGUGGAGGUACCGCGGCCACCCCGACCUCCUGCGGAGGAGCGGGCUCCGCCCACCGAUCUGCCACCUGCGGCUAGCAGUGCCUCCCCGUCCAGGCCGGCAUCUGCUCCCCGGCCCAGCCCUGCAGCGACUCCCGGCGGGUCGGCGCCGGCGCCGGCAGCGCCGGUUGCGGUUCUCCAAAUGCCGGGCUGCCCGGCGCAGUUCCGGACGCAGAGCUUCUGCACUGCCCUCGCCCAGGAAGGCGGCCCCGAGAUUCUGAGAUUGUUCGGGAGGCUGGUGAACGAGAACGGCUAUCAGGAGGCCGAACGCCCCGACUUGGGCCCGCAUUUCGAGGUACAGGUGCGAGACCUGCGGUCUCGGUCGACUUUCGUCCUGCGCACGAACAAGUCGCAGCAACUUCCACCAGGUUGGUCGGAUCUUCCCCGCAUCAGCCUUCUGCCUCCAGAGCUCGCAGGUGCCCCGAGUUCUGAGACAAAGAAAGCGCAGUAA